AUGCGCCGAGGGUCCGUCAGCAGUUGGCAGUCCUAUGGACAGAGAAACUCCGACUGCAUGAUGCAGACGUAUUCCGGUAACACCGCGCUGUCGCCGCCCAGCGAGGAGAUCGUCCAUCAUCGGAAAGGCGGCUGGUUCUUCACGUACAAGAAAGUCCUUUCCUUCAUCGUCCUGGUCGUGGUCACCGUGAUCGUUGCCGGUCUGAUCGGCUGGAAUAUCGGCACGAUGCCGAAGACCAGAACAUACGAUCCCUUAGCCCUCAUCGAGGACGAGACGGAGGAGGCCGACAUCAUCGUAGCCUCGAUAUCGCCCUUCGUUUAUCCUCUGAGAUAUCGGCUCGAACUAACGCCGCUGAGCGACGUGAACUCGACGUACAAGUUCAAAGGGCGAGUCGUCGUCGAAUUCCGAGUCGACGGCACGCCAUCCUUGAGCAAAUUAUCCUUCAAUGCAUGGAAUGUCACGACUACGCGUUACAAACUGUUGUUCGUGGAGGAGAGCAACGUGCCGGCCAAGAGGAGACGCAGGAGACGCGACGAGGACGACGAUAACGCUGGCAACGCUACCACAUUAAAUCGCACCGUGACGUCGUCCCCGGGACAUCAGGAAAGCACGCAGGAGGACGUCACAAGCCAUCCUCUGGGAGACAUAACGUCCUCCGGCAAUGAAACCACUUCGCGGGACGAGACCUCGUCCUUGUCCGACGGGAUCGCGGAGUCGGCGAACGCGACGACGUCUGGGCCGCCGUCUAAUACGGUGAUUUCCGGCAACGGAAGCGCGAUCGAGGUGGAAAUCCAGCGCUACGAGGUAGAUGCUAAUAACGGAUUACACGUGAUACAUCCGGCCGUCGCCAUGAGCCCGGGGAGAUACAUCUUGGAGAUCGAUUACGAGAUUCUGCCUGACGGCAAGACGAUUUACUCGGCAAGCUUCGGCAAGCCCGGCGAGGAAAAAUCGUUAACCGGGGUGCAGUUGAAACCUGUGGGUGCUUCGCAUCUUCUGCCAAUUUUCGACGACGUGAACCUCAAAGCUAUAUUCUCAAUAUCCGUGGCACGUCCGCGAGAUGCGAAGGCUCUCUCAAACAUGCCACUCAGGACCUCCCGAGAUACAUCCGACGAUUGGGUGAUUGACACUUUCGAGGAGACUCCGUUACUGUCACCUUACAAUCUGGCCUUCGUGAUGGGCGAGAUUGAGAUAUUGGGCGAAACGAAAGCGGAGCCCGAGAACGCGACGGUAACUUUCUGGGGAGACUCGAAGAGACGUUCGCGAGGGACAUACCUCAUCGACAAACUCCACUACGUCGUCGGACAUCUGCACGAUGUAUUCUCGAUGCCUUAUCCGUUACCGAAGUUGGAUAUCGUCGCAUUACCAUCACGGAUCGCCGACAACGCCGGAAAUCUAGGACUGAUAUCGAUGAGGCAAUCGCUCUUCUACGUCGCGGAUCGAUCUCCCAUGGUCACGAAGACGGACGCGUUAAGUGCUCUGAUAAGCCUGAUAGGAGAACAAUGGCUGGGCGGUGUGGUGAACACGAAGAACUGGACGGACGUUUGGCUGCUGGAAGGCUCCACACUCCACUUGCGACAUACCAUGAUCGAGAAGAUAGACCCGUCACUGGACUCCAGUCACGCGUUCAUCGCGGACAUGCAAUGGGAUGCCAUGGAAGAGGAUGGUUACAGCGUUUCAAAGCCGCUGCGAUCGAACAUCAAUCCUGCUCAUCUGGAUUUUUCGGAUGAUAACGCCCGGCAUAAGAAAGGUGCAUGCUUGAUUCGCAUGUUGCAUGGCGUGAUAAACGAUACCGCCUUUAGGAACGGCUACCGGAAAUUCAUAGCGAGGUGGAACUAUUCGACAGCGAGCGUCGAUGACUUUUGGGAAGCGAUGGCGGAAGAGACCGUCGGCCUACCGGCGGAAAUUGCUCUAUCCGAAGUGUUGGAUUUCUGGAUCUCGCAUCGCGGCUACCCGAUCGUUCGGAUCGUGAGAAAUUACGAAAAUGGCACUGCUGAUAUUCGACAGGAAAGAUUUACGUACGAUCAGUCAUCGUCAACCGACGCUCAACCGACGUGGUACGUGCCGCUCGACUACAUUAACAAAACGAGCGCUGAUUGGUCAUCUCCGACAAAAACGUGGUUGUAUCCCGAAGAGAAAAUGGUGUUGCAUAAUGUCGCUGCUAGGGAUUCUUGGGUCGUGUUCAACGUGAAUAAAACAGGUUAUUAUCGUGUGCAUUACGACGAGGAAAAUUGGAGACUCCUGGCGCAGACUCUCGAGGAGAAUCACGAGAUCCUGCCGGCGGAAACCAGAGCGUCGCUCGUCGACGACGUUCUCGGUCUCGCUGCGAUCGGCCUGACGAAAUAUGCGACCGCCUUCGACUUCAUUAAAUAUAUGCAAAUGAGAGAACGGCAUUACGCUCCUUGGGGUGUCCUGAUGCGUCAUCUGUUGAAGUUAAAUGGUCUUCUCUACGAGACGUCGGGUUUCAGCGACUUUCAGGAAUUUACAUUGAGAUUCACCUCGCAACUGUACUCCGACGUGGGAUGGAAAAUCGACGAGGGAUCACGAUUAACUUUGACCGCCGUUACGAUAGCGUGCGCGUUCGAGAAUGCGGAAUGCCUCGAGUGGUCCAGGAGUCAUUUCGCCACACUGAAGGACCACACCGACGCGGACGAGGUCGUACCGGCGUACGCACGCGAGGUUCUAUACUGCACCAUCGCGCGAUACGGCACGCGAAACGAGUGGAAUUACUUCGUUGAGAGGGCAAACUCCACGGCGGAUAUAGAGGAGAAGAAUCGGCUUUUGUCGGCGUUCGCGUGCUUCCAGACGCCGUGGAUCUUGCAGUCGUUACUCAGCGAGCUCCUCGAAGGUAAAAUGUACAACGAGGACGAGACGCAGAGGAUCUUAAGAAGUUUCCCGCAGAAUCCGGUCGCUGCGCAAAUCGCCUACAAGUUCGUGCGAAAUAAUUGGCAGGUUAUCGUCACGAGAUUCGCGAGAUCCCGUCCGAUCGUGAAAGCCUUCGCGAUGGCGACGAUGAACGGUUUGACCGCUGAGGAAGACUUGGACGACUUCCAGACUUUCAGCGAAGACAAUCACGAGACCAUAAAGACCGUGGGAUACACGAUGGCGAUGGUCGAGGCGCACGCUAAUUUCGCGAUCAAGUGGCUGAAGGAAUCCUUGCCGGAGAUUCAAGAGUGGCUGACGGCGAACAAUGCCACGAAGAUAUCGACGUGAAUAUCUCCGAGAGGAAAAGAGAAAGAGAGAGAGAGAGAGAGAGAUUCUUCGCGACCGUGUGUCACGAUGAAGGGAGGAUUACUGCAGCACGCGGAUCCACCACGACGCGAACGUCACAACUGCAACGGCAGUUUUUCUACGACAACAAGUUUUAUUUCUCCGUAUGCUUUUGUCAAGCAUGAUUACAAAACCAAGCAACAAGAAUCUCGUCUUUACAUCUCGUGUAGGCUUAGAACGACGGUCGUUAGUAUAAUUAGUAAUAGGUACAUAUUUAACAAACGAUAUACAUAAUAAUCGUAUCUAACACGGUGGUAAUUAUUAUUCCAAUAUUUACCGUAAACUCUCGGAUCGCGCGCGCGCGCGCGCGUGUCACCACGUUAAAUAGCGUUCUAUUGCUAUGCGUGUAUCGGUGGUACACGCUCGUUUUAUAACACACUAGAAUAUCGUUAUCGUUUUACAGUCAUCUAUCUGUACCGCUGUUCUUACACGCGCGUGUGUCCUUAGCCUAACUCGUUAAAUGCAUUAAGUACGGAAUUCGCAAGCUAUCAAACACGUGUUAAGUUUAAGGGUGGAAGCGAUGAUUUAUCGUCUUGGGUGGGGCUCGGUCUGCUUGGAGAUUAAUGGGUGACUGUUAAAUCCGGAUCCUAAACACACGUCAAGUCCCAGUUCCGCUCCUCGCGACUGUGUCACGACUGAGUUCGUCGCCGGGCAUUUUUAGCUACGGCUAAACGACGCGCCGAUUUUAUGCGAUUUUCAAUCACACGAAUAUGCCCCGCUUCUCGUUGCGCAUUUGGCGCUAAAUGCGACCGCAGCGUGUAUAUUUCUUAUUCCGCAUUAAUAAAUCGUGCGCCACUUUUACACGCGAACGCGCCUGCAUUCUCCGUAUCGUGUUCAACAAAUAAAACUAGUUUUAUUGGCGCUAAACACGCCAAGAUUAAACCAUCAAUGCCUCAACCCUAACAACACUGGUAUUUAACUCUGAAUAUUCAUAUUGUUUUAACUUCUACCAUUUUAAUCAGUUCUGUAUCAUUUUGUUCAGUUUGACUUGAUGUGCAAACCUAUGACGUCACUAUCACAGCUCACCACUAUCGUAUCGCGCAUAAUUAUUCGCCAAUUUCUUUUAAUUAAUAACUUUAAGUUGUACGUGGUUGUUUGCGAAAUAUUAAAGGAAUCUUGUAUUGAGUUCUACCUGCACACAACGGGUGUGUCAUGAAUUGUCAGAUAUAUCAGUCGCGGAGUAAAAGGUCGUCGUGAAGUGAGUUUGUGAACUUAUCCUUCUUGUCCAACGAGAGCAUUCUUUCAAUGGAAAACGAAUUUUCUCAUUGGACAAGAUGCGGAGUUCGCAAACUCACUUGAAAAAUUACAGACAACCUUUUAGUCCCCGUAAACUGUACACAUCUAUUAUCUAUUGUCUACGUUGAAAAUUAAAUUAAAUAUUAGUAUUUCAAAACCAAAACAACAAGGAUGUGCAGAGUUAAGUGUUGUUAAUGUUUAGGCGCUUUCACUUUUAAAUUUCAUCCGUUCGCAAAUGAAGUGUCUCGAUCAUACGAGAGUAGUCCAAUAUCGUGUUGCCGGCGAGAACGUCUUUUUAUUCUGAGACAACGUGGUUAUAAAAAUGGUACUUAGUCUUUCGAUCUCUACUUAAAGGGCUUAUCUUUUAAACAAGGCGCAUCCGUUGUCGACGAAGCAGAGACUGAUAGUACAGCUUAAUACGCGAUUUCGUCGUAUGAUUACUCCGUUAGGUUUCACUACAUCGACCGCGAUUUAUUAAAGGUGUUCUAUAUUAAUCUUCGAAGAGUUUCUUUGCACGGGACAUUAAUAAUAAUUAAUAAUAAUAUAUUUUAGGGCUGCGUGUUGUUGGUACACGCGGAUGUCCUCUGAAAAGUGUUUGAUUCGAAAGAUACGUCUUGUUUCGCAAAUAAUCCCUCCAAUCAAUCGAAGAGGUUUCAACGUGUUAUUGUCUUUAUAUACAAUUCGUUCAAUUUUAUCAGACGCGUCCUUAUCGUAUUACGCAAACACUGCGUGAUGUUCUAAAGCGAUCACGCGGCAUAUCGACACGGUAACAUGUGAAUCGUUAAUAUCGGGCGCGACGAACGAGCUCACGCGUCGAAAAGAAGCAUUCAUCGUUUUAGAUGUUACUCUCUUUCUCUCUUCCUCUCCCGCUUUCUCUCUUUUUGCGAAUUUCAACGGUGAUUACCGAACGUGUAAAAUAAUUUGUGUCGAUAAAUGACGAUAGAAACGA